UUGAAUAUAUUACAGGAGUCUUUUCAGUAUGAUUUUUGUUUAGCUUAAGUAAAGUUCACAACAAAAAGCAUUAAAUACAAAAGAACGUGUAAAAUAGAAUUACGGUUCGGGUAGUGUGCAAAAAUUGUUAUUUUUUGACAAAAAAAAAAAUUAAUUAUAUGAAAUUAAGCGGUUUUAGAUAGAUAAUAAGUGAUCAUUUUAAAUAAAAAUAAUAGAAAAAAAUAAAGAAAAAAAUUAAAUAAAAAGCGGAAAAAUGUUAUCGUAUUCAAUACCAAGUAAAAUAAUUGCUGCCGUAAUUUUAACUUUAAUUUUAUGUAGUACAACAACAAUUGUAAAUGGUAGACCCGAACUGGAAAGUUUUUAUGAAAAUAAUGGACCACUUCAUUCGAUGGGUUCCAGAGAACCAGGUGAUGAAUUAAUAAUAAAAGAUGUAUUGAGGAGUCCAUAUAGAAGAGAGAAUUCAAAUAAUAGCAUUAAAUUUCAUUAUCCGAUAAAAAAUCGAAUUGUAACAUAUAUUGAGCUUGGAUCAGAUAGUAAUGUUGGUUUCGAGUUUUCUCUUGGAGUAACAGAUGAAGAAGAAGGUGGCUUUUUAACUGGCACUGUUACAGCAUUAGAACCAAAAAGUUUUGAUUUUAAAAUAUCAGUUUAUGGUUUUGAACGAAACGAGGAUACAAAAUAUCUUGAUUCAAUUUUAAUACCAAAAUUAGUUUAUCAAUCAAAAGUUGAACCAAAUCAUAUUGAAGAUAAUUAUUUUGAUGAAAUUGAAAAUGAUGAAGAUAAUGUUGUAGUGAUUGGAAACAGACAACCAGGUGACCAUUUACUUUAUACGGAAAAAAAAUCAUCUGGUCUUUCUGAUACACGAACAGAUCAUUCAGUGACAUUUUAUUAUAUUGAUAAUAAUUACAUUACAUGUGUAAUUUUCACAGCCUUAACAUCAAGAACAGCAACAGCAACAUAUUCCAAAUUAACUCCACAUUCUUUAAAAGCUACAAUAAAUGAUGUUUCAUUUGAAUUAAAUGCAAAUAUGGAAGUUUAUGGAUUUUUACCUGAUGAGAGACCAGAUAAUUAUAUACCACCAUUACCAGAUUCUGCUUUCGAUUUAAGUUUAGAUGGUGUUAAGCUAUUAAGUUUAAGUAAUGAUGUUGAAGUAAUUGAAACACUAGAUGGUAAUAUUUUACCACCAGAAAAUUUAUGUAGUAGUUCUAAUAUUCUUAAAAUUUCAAUAUUCAAUAUUUUAGGUUUAUAUUUGAUUUUAACAUUGUAUUAUUAAUUUAAAAAAAAAAAGAAAAUUAAUUAUUUACUAAUUUUAGUUUAAAAAAAUUAACGCACAUUUUGUAUAAAUUUUGAUAUUUUAAAGAAUUUUUUAAUUGUAUAACAAAAUAUAGUUAAGAUCCACGAAUAUUAUACUCGUAUGUGUAUACGUAUAAGUUUUGUAAAAAUUUGAUGUCUGAUAAUCAUUUAUGUUGUUGUUGUUCUACAGUGAUCUUGAAAUUUUUUUAAUUUUUUCUUUUUUUUUUUUAAUUAUUAAUUAUGUAUAUGGGAAUGAAUUAUGGUUUACCUAUUUCAUUUCUUCUUUUUUUAAAUUAUAAGUUAAGUGUAUAAAAUAUACGCAAACAUAUUUUCAAUUGCAUAUUUAAUUUUCUUUUUCAAAACUAACUAUAUAUGUUGUAAAUUAAUUAAUUUUAUAAUUAAGGAAUAAGCGAAUCUAAAAUAAAAUAUAAUGU